UGUUGUUAUUUAGGACAUGAAUAGGUAACAAAUAAUGUCAAUAAUUGUUGAAAAUGAUGAAACUGUUGUUGUGUGUCACCAGUUGUACACAAAGAAAGUUUAUAGAAAUACGCUGGCUCGGGCUCCUAAUUUUGAUGACAUCAAAUCAUUUCAACUUAAAGAAGAAUAUUUUGCGAUCGGAACACCAUUUAUUGAAGAGGGUAUAAAAAUUGGGGAAAAUAUUUUGUCAAAAAAUGGAAAACGGAAACGAAGGAAAAGGAAAUCACCGUUUAGCAUGGAAGAGAUUAAAGCUCAAGAGCACCAUGAGUUAGUUGUUGGAAAACUACAAACUGCACUUGAUUCUGUAAAAGAUCAAUUUAAAACUGUACGAAAUAGCAAUAUUGAACAAUCUAUGGAAAAAAAGUCUUCAAAGUUUUCUGAAAUUGAUUGCUCCAACCCAGUGGCCACUAAUGGGUUGUUUCCAAAAUUGAUUAAAGGCCAAUUUUUAACCGAAAAUGGAUCUGAAUUUCCGAUACAAGUUAAACUGGAUUCUGAUUCACUUCUAAUUCCCGGGAAUGCAAGAUAUUUAAUGUCAGACAUGGAAGGUUUAAAACAAAUAGUGGAAGAGAGCAAAAAUGGAGGAAAAUAUAACUGUAUUGUAAUGGACCCACCUUGGGAAAAUAAGUCAGUUAAAAGGGGUAAAAAAUAUAACUGGUUGUCCUUUGAUGACAUCAUAAAGAUGCCUGUUCCACAAUUAACAGAAGAAGGUUGUUAUGUCAUAGUGUGGGUGACAAACAAACAAAGAAUUAUGAACUUUGUCAAAAAAACUUUGUUCCCAAUGUGGAAUAUUGACUUUCAAGUUAUAUGGCAUUGGGUGAAAGUUACAAUUGCUGGAAAACCUCUUUAUCCUUUUGACAGCCUCCACAAAAAGCCAUAUGAGACCAUUAUAAUUGGCAGGUACAACCCAAAACGAUCACACCAACCAAAAUGCAUUGAAAAUAUGAAAGAGCUUGUUAUUUGUAGCAUCCCAUGUUCUCAACACUCGCACAAACCACCACUAAGUGAGAUAUUACAGCGCUACACUGAUCUUCAAGAGAAUUCAAAAUGUUUAGAAAUGUUUGCAAGGAAUUUAAUACCAGGUUGGACUUCAUGGGGCAACGAGGUUUUAAAAUUUCAAAAUGUCUCAUAUUUUGAAGAAGCAAAAAUAUCUUAAAUUUUCAAAAUAUCAUUUUUUAUACUUUUCUUUGCAAAAAAAAGUUCUUUUUUGGAGUAAAUGAAUUUUUCAUAAAGCUGUCUUUCUUUUUAAACAGUUUAUUUGUCAGGUGAUUGUUUCCAAGCAUAUGUUCCCAGUGUUGUUUUGGGAUCAAUGUUCAAUUUUUAUAUUUGUAGUAUUGGACAAGCAUGAAUGUUUUAAAUUAACUUUAAGUAGUUACUGCUACAUUCAUUAGUUACACGCGUUAGGAGUAUGGCCGUUUAGCUUGUCGACCUGGUACAUCAGUUUUAAACCGCUGUUUCUUAAUCGAAGUUCGAAUUGACGUUUUCCGCCACGCAUGAUUCAGUAGGAUGGGGGAAAGUGGGACACUUUUUCAUUCUAUUUUCCCGUCCCAUUUGAUAGUAAAGAAAGAAAAAGUAUAAAACCACAGCCUUACGACCCUCAUAUACCGUUAUUAACUGUUUAAUACACGAUCAGGAUAUUAUCUGCUUCUUACCCUACAAUACUAUAUCAUGGGUUGCAACAAGUAUGAUGGUUG